UUCGAUGAAAUGGGCGCUUUGCCUUUGAUGCAGUGUGUGGGUGUGGGUGUGGGUGUGAUAUCAUACCCCAGGCAACUGAAACUUGUAUCUUGUGAAUUUAGGGUCAGAAUCCGAUGUUCCUCUAACGUUGGGGUCUGUCGGCGACAAGUGUUGGAGAAAGUGGAUAAGGAGCUUACAAACGGGGAUGAUAGAGCUGCGCUCGCACUUGUCAAGGAUUUACAGGGUAAGCCUGGUGGGCUUCGAUGUUUUGGUGCAGCCAGGCAGGUGCCUCAAAGGCUUUACACCUUGGAUGAAUUGAAGCUAAAUGGAAUAGAAACUUUAUCUCUUCUAUCACCGGUUGAUACAACUCUUGGUUCGAUUGAGAGAAACCUGCAAAUUGCUGCAAUUGCUGGAGGGCUUACUGCAUGGAAUGCCUUUGGAAUUUCCCCACAACAAAUCUUUUAUAUUUCAUUGGGAUUGCUAUUUUUAUGGACACUAGACUCGGUGUCUUUCGGUGGAGGUCUUGGUAGCUUGGUUGUUGAUACAAUUGGUCACAGCUUCAGUCCGAAAUACCACAAUAGGGUUAUUCAACAUGAAGCUGGCCAUUUUUUAAUUGCUUAUCUGGUAGGAAUACUUCCCAAAAGAUAUACUCUUUCUAGUUUGGAUGCUCUGAAGAUGGAGGGAUCUCUCAAUGUUCAAGCGGGCACAGCCUUUGUGGAUUUUGAGUUUCUCGAAGAAGUAGGUUGCUUUAUUUACGUGAUUAUUUCAGUUAAUUCGGGCAAAUUAUCAGCUACAACAUUGAACAAAUUUUCGUGUAUAGCAUUGGCUGGUUUGUCCGCUGAGUAUCUUAUAUAUGGUUUUGCUGAAGGAGGUCUUGAUGAUAUAAGAAAGUUGGAUUCAUUGCUCAAGGGCCUGGGCUUCACACAGAAGAAGGCAGAUUCUCAAGUUAGAUGGUCUGUGCUGAACACAGUCUUACUUUUACGUCGACAUGAAGCAGCUCGAGCUAAGCUUGCUGAGGCCAUGUCCAUGGGAAACUCUGUAGGAGCCUGCAUUGACAUUGUAGAGAAUUCUAUCGAUGUUUCAGAGCUCUAACUGAAGCUGGACGCCCUUGAUAAUUCCCUUCACCACCUCUAAAUUGUGCUCCUGGAUAUAUUGAUUCAGAUUUCCAGAAACUUCCAUUUUGUGUUACCCUGCUCAAUUCUUCUGGGAGAAAAAUGUGAAUGAAUAUCUUUUGUUACAGUGGAAAGAGGUAAAUCAAUAGUGUCUUGAUUCUUCUGGUUAGCACUUUCGGAGGCUUUAUGUGUGAAAGAUCACUUUUGAAUAGAGAAAAGAACAAGUGAUACAACCCUUCAAAGUAGUCUAAAUUUAAGAGGAUGGACUUGUCAAUAAAUUUAUAUUUUUGAGGUAUUCUUAUUAAAUAGCUCAUCAUUAUCGUUGAAACAUAUUUAAAUUCAUGCAUGGGGUAAUACAGCAUCAAGAUCAUGACCAUUGUUUGAAGAUUUCAACCAAAGAAAUCCCAGUCUUUGACCCCGUUGCUGAGGCUUUAUCCCUAUUCGCUGGCAUCUUGGUUAGCUAAAGUUUUCUUUUCUCUGCUAAAUUUUCUCUCUCUCUUAUGAUGUGUAAUGUUUCCAUUGAUUGGAUGUACUGAAUCAUAGUACAACAGUAGUACUAAGAAUUUAUUCUUAAUUUAGAUCAU